AGAAAGUUCAUCAAACACGAUGACAAGACCAAAGCGUAAUCCACAAUUUAGGACAAAAUCGCUCACUAGUGAAAUUUCUUUUCCCAAUGAAUUUAGAAGCAAGACUUUGAUUAAGUACGACAAUGACGAAACCUUGGACAUCAAGGAGGAAAUCAUACAAGAUCAAGAAACAGAAGAAGUUACAUGCCCAAAUUUUAAUACAAAAUAUGCGGUAAAAGAAUGCAUCGUAAAUAUAAACGUAGAUAUGUUAGCCAGUAACGUGAAACAACUGAGUCAAAAGAAGGAGUAUAUUCAGAAUUUAAAACCGGAAGUUAAAUACAAAUGCAAAAAGUGUGCUCGGAGCUAUAAGGAGAAAAAGUAUUUGACUUAUCAUCAGACAUACGAAUGCGAUGUCACGCCACAGUUCAAAUGUAAUUUCUGCGGCAAACUAUUUAAACGGAAAUCUCACGUGAAUGCUCACGCACGUGUUGUUCAUCUUAAAUCAAACUCAGAGACAUCUAAAGCGAAGUAUAAUUGUGAUAAUUGUACACGUAGUUAUAAUUCCUCUCGUGCUUUAACUCGACACAAACGCGAAAAGCACGCAGCUGUCCCACCAGAAUUUAUUUGCGAUUAUUGUGGCCGCAAAAUGAAUCAAAAAAGUAGUUUGGCAACACACAUUCAUUGUUGCCAUUUCAAGUAAUUUAGUACACGCAGCUCAAUCAUUAUUUCUAAAAGAGCAUGAACCAACCUCAUAUUUUAUUCUACCUUACUUCAUACAAUUUUCCUUUUUUCUGAAAAAAUACGGAUAUGAGAAGCUGCACUUUCUCUACAAUUUUUUUUAUUUUCUCGCAACUGCUGCUAUUUCUACGAAAAUGUGCAAUAUGAUACAAAAUGUUCACACUGUUACCAAUAAUGUCUGAGGGAUCCAGUACAUGUCAUAAGUUUGAGUUUUCAACAUUAACAAGUUUGAAUUUUAUGUACGCAAUUCGAUCUGUAUAAUUAAUUCUUUACUAUGAAAAGUUCUUAGCGCUCCACUAAA